AUGCUCUCGGAUGCAGAUCCUGUUGCAGCCAAAGCCAUUGUUACGUUCAAAAUUGCUUAUCACAAGGUUAAUUCCCGCUCUUCUUCCAAUGAAAACAGGUGCUGCUCACAGCUUUCUUUCGAUCUGGUGGUGAUCUUGGGAAUGUAA